UUACACACUCCGCUUCCUGCUUGUGUUGUCGUUAGCUUGGAAAACUUGCGGUUUGUCAUUCAGAAGGAAAACACAGCCGCCGCCACCGCAAACUAAAUCUACCAAAUGGAGUCGCAUGGUUCGGACACGGAUGGGGAGGAGCAGCAAACGCCUCUUCUUCAUCAGAGAUACAAAAGCAACGUCCAGAGAGCACCGGCUUGCUGCUCGGCCCGUUACGGCCUAGCCAUUAUUUCCUGCUUCGCCUUCUUUGUGGCCUACUGCUUGCGGGUCAACCUGAGCGUGGCCAUGGUGGAGAUGCUCGACACCAACCAGCCCAACACCAACCACAGCAGCUCUGUGUGCCCCCCUCACAUCAGCCCCUCACGGCCCAAACGCAACCACACGGCUAGCGUGUAUGACUGGGACACAGAGACGCAGGGCUGGAUCCUGGGUUCUUUCUUUUACGGCUACAUCCUCACGCAAAUCCCUGGAGGUUACCUGGCCGGACGCUUUGGGUCAAAGUGGCUGUUGGGGUUUGGAAUCCUGGUAACCGUUGUGUUUACGUUGCUCACGCCUUUGGCGGCCGACCUCGGCGCCAGUUACCUCAUCGGCGUCAGGAUCCUGGAAGGGAUCGGGGAGGGCGUCAGUUACCCUGCCAUGUACAGCAUGUGGGCCGUGUGGGCGCCGCCCCUGGAGAGGAGCCGUCUUGUCAGCAUCUCCUACAUCGGAGCCCAAUUUGGGACGGUGUUGGCCCUCCCCCUGUCUGGUGAAAUCUGCUUCUACUUGGACUGGACCUACGUCUUCUAUAUCUUUGGUGCUGUGGGCCUCUUGUGGUUUGUGCUGUGGUCUUUCCUGGUCUUUGACAGUCCAAACACUCACCGGUGGAUCUCGGAGCGAGAAAGACUCUACAUCGUCAGCUCGCUGAAGAACGAGCUGUCCAACUCACAUGCAGACAUCCCCUGGCGAGCCAUGUUGACGUCUGGGCCACUUCUGGCCAUCGUGGUGGCCCACUUCGCUUACAACUGGACCUUCUACACGCUCCUCACCCUGUUGCCAACCUACAUGAAAGACAUACUGGGCUUCAGCAUCCAGGAGAACGGCUGGUUGUCUGCUGUGCCUUACGUGGGCUGCGCUGUGACGGCGCUUCUGAGCGCUCAGUUGGCUGAUUACCUGCAGGAAAGGUGCUUCUACUCCACCGUCAUAGUCAGGAAGGCCUUAACCAUCGUUGGUAUGGUGGGCCCAGCUGUGUUCCUGGUGGCGGCAGGCUACACGGGCUGCAACUACAUCUUAGCCAUCACCUUCCUCACCAUCUCCUCCUCGCUGGGUGGAGUGUCAGCCUCGGGCUUCAACGUCAACCACCUUGACAUCGCUCCCUCGUAUGCCGGCAUCCUACUGGGCAUCACCAACACCUUUGCCACCAUUCCUGGCAUGGUGGGACCGGUCAUUGCAAGGCACCUCACUACAAAUAAUACCAUUGAAGAAUGGCAGACCGUCUUCUACAUCGCUGCCGCCAUCAACCUCAUUGGAGCCGCCACCUAUACGCUGCUAGGACAGGGUACAGUGCAGCCCUGGGCCGUCCAAUUGCCCCACAGAGGGGACUAAGACCACGUGACCCGCCAGUCUUGGACCGGACUUGAUUAAAGCUGGUGAUUAUGACUGAUGUCCCGUGAGUAAGGAGCCCCAGUCACAAGUAAGGCCAUGAGGCCAAUACGAAGCGCAGAAGUCGAUUAGGUUGAUUGCUAACUGUGCUGCAUCUGCCUCAAAAUCAGUCAGUGUUCUCUAGCUGAUAAUGACACGUGGAAGUGGCAAAGGUGUUUUAUUAAGGAAAAUAUUUGCUCUGUUUAUGAUUGUGUUUUACAUUUUCAUAGCCUCUCUUUAUAAACAUUCAUAUCCAAUAUUGGGAAUGUCUACAAAAGGGUUUCCUUCUCGAGAGCAAGACCCCAAUUAGUUGUACAAAAAUACAUCAUGUGCAGUAAUCCCUCGUUUAUCACGGUUAAUUGGUUCCAGACCCAACAGUGAAUUUCCAUGAAAUAGGAUUCCUUAUUUUUAAAUUGAAUAGUUAAGCACAGAAAACACGUUUACAACCUUCCACAUACGUGUGCGUUUUUUUUACAUAAUUAGAGCCCUCUAGACACGACCUAACACCCCUAUAGUCACAUUUAAACUUUUUUUAUUACUCAAUAAAUUUUUAUUGUGUGCCAAUUCAAACCUGCAAAAAGCCGUCUUGCCUUAUAUUAGUUCAUUUGAAAUGUUCAUUAAUGUAUUUUUAUGUGUUACAUAUUUAAAAGAGGAAAAAGGCAUGUGUUCAUGUAUCAAAGGAUGAUGGGAACAUUUGCUUUAACAGUAACCUGUGGCGGAAAAGAUUGCAUUUUCACCAAACUGUCAAAUAAGAUCAGCGAUAGAAUAUUUUUCGAGUGAAUAUUUUUCUUUGCUAUGCCAUCUUCCAGCCACUUUCUGGUGUCAUUUCCAGCCAUUCAACACAUCAACAAUGCUGCCAGGGUGUAAAUCCAUUCCGGCUAAUUAAUCUAAUUAAUUCAGUUAGUUUUUUUUUUUUUUUAAAUAUACAAAAUGACUUCAUCUGCUUGUAAUGUUUUUAUAUUCCCGGUGUUAUUGCCAGCAUUCAGAGCUUUUUAAGAUGCUUUCAACUCUGUGUUGUAUUUGACACUAAGCUGUAAGUUUCAGAUGUAUUUUAUGUGAUUAUUAUUAUGAUUUUUUUUGGCCAUGUGUCAAUGCUCAGGUGUCAUAAAAAGGGAUUCAAGGAAGUCAUUUUGUUACUUUUUAACAAUGAGGUUUAUAUGAACUGUACACAGGGGUCAGAGUAGUAGCUUUUAUCCCAUAACGUCUGUUGUCACGUAUGGGGGGGGCCAGUUUGCACACUUGGUCAACAAGUACUGUGGAAUUGCACUUGUGCCUUAUUCACACAAGAAAGCUUGAAAUGAAGGGACUUGUUUUUGUUUUUCUUACGAUCCUAAUUUUCCUGUAAAGUUGUCUCAAUGAUUUGUUUAUCAUAAAUACUGAAUCAUUACAGCACAACUGAGCUUUUACAGUAUGUGUUAAGUGUUAUGGUUAUGAUGCAAUCAGGGCUGUCGAAAGUGCACCAUUUUCAGUCCCCAGAUUCACUUUAAUAUUAUUCGAUAUCACACUCAUUUAUUUACCUCUAACAAAGCUCAGUUGUUUAGUGGUGUAUAGCUUAGCGUAUUUUGACCAAUAUUGUAUUGUGUUUAUCAUAUUUAAUGUACCAAAUGAAUAAAAGAUUUGGACACCCCGAUGUUACUUCUCUCUCUUUGCAUCAUUUCCAAUUGAAGUGAAUGAAAAUUGACCAACAGUGAAUCUUUUCUCCGCCCCUCCCAGGUUCCACAACCAUGACAUUAUU